GGAGCUAAAUAAACCACAAAAAAACUUUCCUCGAUUCAUUGUCCCCGUCUCACGUCAUGGAAAGAUCGGGGUUACAUUUUUUUUACCAAACGUGAAAAGUUGACCGCGCUUUGUGUACUUUAAUAUCGCCACACUGUUGCUGGCCGUCUGGUUGUUAUUGUGUUGGAGAGUGAGUUGGAGUGGUGACGGAAUGAGGAGUGUAGAAUGCACUAGGACGCGUCCAUCAUCAUCAUCAUCACCACCACCACCACCAUCAUCUUCAUCAUCACCGUCUGACUCUCCUGCUGUCUUUGAGGGUUUUUUCUGUGUUAGGACAAUGUUUUGAUCUUUGUUCUUCUUGACCAAUAUGAGCAGACGGCGCAUACAGCAGGACUCUACCACAACACCGCUCUCCUACACCGAGAAUUGUACUUCGUGAGUUAGCCGGUGUUUACGUUUACCUUCUGGACCAUACCGACUUCUGGCUUUUUUAAAUGACCUCGGAGAGUUCUUUCUCAAACUGAAAGUCUGACCACUCCGGAUAAGGAAUUUAGCUUUUUUUUAAUAGACUGUUUCUUUAUACCAUCUACUAUACUACGACUUUGUAGAAAUGUAUGGCUGAAUCACUGGAGUGAAGGGUUUGUUUAUUUGUUUGUUUGUUUGUUUGUUUGUUUCCGCGUAAAACUGUUCGUAUUGGAUGAUAAAUAAGUCACAUAGCAACCAUUGUUUGAGUUUUGAUCUUGAUCUUGUGCUCUGGAUCACCUCCUUGAGCUUGAGUUUCUUUUGUUUUUGUCGCAGUAAUCUGCACAGAAAUCUGCUGCCAGAGAUGAGAUGAAACUUUGUGUGAAAUCGUGUAGCUUGUCUUGAUGUGCUUCAGUGCUGGAUAACUGCAUGGGAGAUGAGCUGAAACCUCCACACACAGGCUAAAAGGGAUUUGUUCCAACUUUGUCUCCACUUUCUGGCGCCACAAAGAGAGAUUACAAUGUCACUGAAAGCUAUCGCACUUUACACUUUCCAGAGUGAGAACAAAGAGGAGAUCAGCAUACAGGAGAACGAGGAGCUGGUGAUUUUUGAUGAGAACUCUGUAGACGGUUGGUUACAGGGCGAAAACAGCCGUGGGGAGAGAGGCCUCUUCCCCGCCUCGUACGUGGAGAUCAUUCGGCCGCGUUCCAACUCGAACCUGACUGACUACUCUCUAAGCCCUGCAGGCUCCCCUGGAAAAGAUGCCUUCUUCACUCCUGUUACUAACGCCACUUAUUACGAUGAUGACGAUGACGACUGGGACGACUGGGAUGACAACUCGACAGUGGUCGAGGACGAAGACCCUCGUCGGCCGGUGGGUGCCAACGGGCAUGCGCAACAGAGCCCGUACCCCAACCCUAACGUACAAUACCGUUCUAGGCCCCACAUGGAGCGACAGGACAGCAUCUCCAGUUCCAGGAAAGGCAGCAUGGUGGGCCGCAACCUCAAUCGCUUUUCCAGUUUUGUGCGUUCGGGUGUCGAGGCGUUUGUGCUCGGCGACGUGCCUAUGAUGGCAAAGAUAGCCGAGUCAUACAGCAUCGAAAUGGGCCCACGUGGACCUCAGUGGAAGGAGAGUCCUCAGCCUUUUAACUGCUCCAUCGAAGAUCCAACCAAACAGACCAAGUUCAAGGGCAUUAAGAGUUACAUUUCCUACAGAGUCUCCCCCAGCCACACCAGCAGGCCCGUGUAUCGGCGCUAUAAGCACUUUGACUGGCUGUACAAUCGCCUGUUGCACAAAUUUACUGUCAUAUCCGUACCCCACCUCCCGGAGAAACAAGCUACAGGCCGCUUUGAGGAAGACUUCAUCGAAAAGAGAAAGCGGCGGCUCAUCCUAUGGAUGGAUCACAUGACCAGUCACCCGGUUCUGUCUCAGUACGAGGGCUUUGAACACUUCCUCAUGUGUGUGGAUGACAAGCAGUGGAAACUGGGAAAGCGUCGGGCUGAGAAGGACGAGUUGGUCGGAGCUCACUUUAUGCUCACUCUCCACAUCCCUAAAGAACAUCAGGACCUGCAAGAUGUCGAGGAGCGCAUCGAUACCUUCAAGGCCUUCGCCAAGAAAAUGGAUGACAGCGUCAUGCAACUGACGCACGUUGCAUCCGAGCUCGUUCGCAAACAUCUCGGCGGGUUUAGGAAAGAGUUUCAGCGUCUGGGUAACGCUUUUCAAUCCAUCAGCCAGGCGUUCAUGCUGGACCCUCCAUACAGCUGCGAUGGCCUGAACAAUGCCAUCUCACACACUGGUCGGACGUACGAGAACAUCGGGGAGAUGUUUGCAGAGCAGCCCAAAUAUGAUCUGUUCCACAUGCUGGAUAAACUCUCGCUGUACCAGGGCUUGCUGUCCAACUUUCCAGAUAUCAUUCAUUUACAGAAAGGUGCGUUUGCGAAGGUAAAGGAGUCCCAGCGCAUGAGCGACGAAGGGAAGAUGGAUCAGAACGAGGCCGAUGGUAUUCGGAAGCGAUGCAGGACAGUGGGCUUCGCCCUGCAGGCCGAGAUGAACCAUUUCCACCAGCGCAGGGAGGUUGACUUUAAAGACAUGAUGCAGGCCUACUUGCGUCAGCAGAUCACCUUCUACCAGCGCGUGGUGCAGCAGCUCGAGAGAACCCUGCACAUGUACGACAGCCUGUAGAGGACGGAAAGUCGUCAGGAUGCAGGAAGGCCGUGUCAAGAGCUCAUCCUGCUUCUGCACAAGAGCUGCUUCCUCUGUCUUUAACUCCUGGUUUACAAAGACACCCACAGCUGAGAAACGACCAACAGAACAUAUGCACACGAGGACCAAACACUAGCUCAUGCACUUAAAAUGUCACUUUCUUGGCUGUCUUUUAUGGCCAAAACGCACGAUUCCAGGGACUUGCACAGUUGCCUUGAUAAACACAUCCGUAUAAGUUUUAAACCUAUUUUGUUCACGUAUUCCAUUUAAUUUAAUUAUAUUUGCUAAGUCCUUACGACACUAUUUUUAAACCUUGACCACAUUCUCUCACACUAGGUCUGUCUAAAUAGCUUUUUAUGAGUAAAGCCGUGAUUAACCCUGCUAGCAGGCUCAGCAGGUGCCGGAAAACAAACUCUUCAUUCAUUUUCUAGUACAUUUUCUAAUUAAAUGCAAUUAAAAUCCACUCAGCCGAUGAUCUAGAGCUUGCUGAAUCCUACCGUCGGAUGAGGGUGAAGUGAUCGGUCUCUAAUUUAAAAGUGCUUUCUGAAACACAAGCUUGCAGUAGAUUAACCUGUAGUAGCUUUCCUUCAUCAAUUAAACAGGUCUCGCUUUGACGGUGAGAUCUCGAUGGAGCUGAAACUCGAAAACUUGGACACUGACAGAUUAUCCUGAUAAUAUUUAAACAGCUGUCUCAAAUCUACAUAAACCAACGCAUCUAUCUUUGCUUUUAUUAACUACAUCAACCACAUCUGCUACAUCCGAACCCUCCAAAUGUCUGAAAGAAUUUUGUUUUUUUUUUCCAUGAAUGAAUUUAACAAAGGUUGCCCCUUAAACUGCGGGACUAAUGAGCGUACACUGUAUUAAUCGAGAGCUUUGAUUGAGUUGUGUUCCUCUUGCUUGUAGAGAUGAACAAGGUGACUCCUUAUAUAGGAAGUAUUUAAAAGAACUGCUACUUGUAGUGGCAUGGUUCCACUUUUUUUUCUUAUUCUUUUUAAUUUUGUGCUUAGUUUGUUAUAAAAGUAAGUUAGUGUGCUCAGGGGUGGUGUGCUUCUGAGCAGUAAGUCAUCUGGGACAGGAUUACAGCAAAAGAAAUGUUAGCUGAUUUCCUCUUUUUUUUGGGGGGGGGGGGGGUCUUGAUUCAUACAGAUGUUACAGGUUCAGGUGAGGUUAGAGGGUAUAAUAAUGUAAUGUGUUUAGUUUUUAAAUUUGUAGCUUCAUUUGUGAAUUUCAGGUCAUUUCUACAUUUCUGUCCUGAACUAAACCUGGAGCUCUUUAUUUAUUCACCAGAUCAAAAAUGAUCCAUUACUGGCCAAAUAGAGGCUUCUUCCUCUAAAUAUACAAAACACUUAGUACAAGAUUCCACAGUGUGGGUUUUUGCAUCUCCUGGUCCAGCUUUAUGCAUAAGAGCUCAUGCGUCAAACCACAAUAUCAUCGUUUGCAUAAACAUUGUUUUUCUCUCCCCUGUUUGUGCCCCUGGCAUUAGGCUUUGCUUCACAACACAGUGAGAUGUAACUGUAGUGUAGCUGAAGGAAAGCUGUAUGAUCUAUUAAAGUAUUUUAUUUUUGCCACAUGAAAGAAAAAAAACCUAUUUUGGGGGAAAAAGAAGUCCAUGGAGUUUAGAUAGUGAGUGAGUCAGGACUGUUUGGCCAAUAAAGCACAUUCUUAGAUGGAGCUGAUUUCUGAGUAACCGGGGAAAAAAGUGUCCUUCCUUCAUUUGUACGCUGUGUAAUUGCUAUCAGACCAAAGUAUCACAGUUUGUAGUUCGAGUCAAAUAAAUAAGGACUAUUUUUUUUUUCCACAUCUUGCAGUAUGUUUGUAACCACAUUUGGGGCGUGAAGUGGCUCAGAAAAUGCUGGAAAUCUGACAUCACGGAUCUGGAAACGGCUGAGACGGCAGAAUAGACAGACAGGACGAUGAUACUGGAGUGAUGAAUGCUAAGUCAGACUUCCAAAAGGACCACAAGCUUAACAUGGAUGAUUUGAACUCUUAAAAGGAUAUGUGAGGUUGUUUUUUUUGUUGUUGUUGUUGAUGUGAAAUGUAAGUGCGAAUUCGGUCUUUUAGAAAGCAGGCGCAAAAAAAAAAAAAAAAAACCACGAAAAACUUUGUUUCUACUACAGUCAUGCUGAGUCUUAAUAAAAAAAACAAAACAAAAACAACCAAUCCUCAAGUGACUCUUCAUGUCUGUUCACAUGUUUAAUAGGCAAAGAGAAUUGCAACACCCAAACCCCUUGAUUUCACAUUCAUACCUUGAAAAUGAGAUCAGAAGUUGAGACGGAGAUGACACAGCUGUUCGCAUUGAUGAGAGAUUUUCUGUUUCAGCAGGAUCAGAGUCUCGGACACUUUCCACAUCGCGGAGGAUACGGCUGUUUAGACGCAGAUCUUAAAGGCUUAUUUUCGGCAGAAUACUUGCUAGUGGAUUAGCUAAUAAAUAGAUUGUGCAGAUGUGUGCUAAUGUCUCAGGUUGCAUUUUUUUCAGCAUGCAUACAAAGACACAUGGAAAACACAUUAAAAGUGCUGCACAUGGCCUUCAAAGCAGUGACACGCGAGAGAUGAAGGAAGUCAACUUUCAUUUCGUUUCAUUUAGAUUCUAAAUAUGUCUCGCAUAGCUGAGGCAUGAUUAAGCAUUUUACUUCCCUUUAUUUUAUUUUAUUUUAGGAAGGAUUGAAAUAUAAUGAAGUGUAGUGGCCAUUUUUUUUUAAAAAAGCAUAGUUAUUUCUUAGAAUUGGCAGGAUGAUGAUUAGCACAUUUGGUUUUAUGAACCAACACAAAUGCACUCCAACUGUGUGCUGAGACAUCACAGAAUCAAGCCUUUCUAAUCAAGUUCGGUUCAGAGUCUGGCACAUUAUAAGAUCCUCUGGUUUAUGAAGUCUCUCAGUGCAGCAGUUUAAUGACUCCUCACUGGAUGCAUGAAAAUUCAGUUUUUCAGCUCAGUUUUAUUUGUAGCGCUUUUUAAUUAUAGAUGUUAGAAAGCAGCCAGAGUUGACUGGCACAAACACAGUCUCUGAGAUGACAUGAGGAAAAAAGUUUUACCGUUAACUCUCUAGGCACAACAUAACCCAGGAUCUGGAACUUUACUUAGAAGAAAAAUCUAUUUAAUAAACAGUUUAUUUAACUAAAGGCAAAAGUUUCCACUGACACUUAAAAGACUGAGGCUAUUGUUGCUUUCAUACAUACACUGAUUUUAUCGCUGCAUGUUUCUACUGGUAACAGUGUUUCUCAGUAAGUGGAGCAACUAGCAUCCCGAAUCAGUUUCCUUUGCGGCUAAAAUGAAAUAUUCUAGAAGGAGGAUUUGGUGUUUGUGUAUAAAAUCCAGCAGUGUUUAUCUGCAUGGUAUCGUAUGAGAUAAAGGAGAAGCAGUGUGUGCUCUUUAUCACGGAUUAUGUCACCUCUACUGUCUUCACUCACAAUGCACUGAGUCGCUGCUUAUUUGCAUCAAGUUAAACUAUUCUCAGAUUAGUCGCAUGUCUGGACACACCCUCAUGUAGUCACCAGCUGUCAGUGUUGCUCAUGUAAAAUGAAAAAUCGAAAAUGAACGAUCUACGGAAAGCUUUGAGUCACCGUGUGCGUGAACAUAUGAGCAUAUGUCCUGAAAAUGAAUUGAAAGGUAGUCCAAUGGUAUUGUUCCAUAGCUGAUAAGCUUUAAUGGAAAAAAACCUGUAGAUUUCUAUAUUCUAGGUACUAAUAAAGAACCUGCACUGUUUGAUUGAAGCUGAUAAGGUGGAUCACAUUAGACCAAAAUUUCCCUCAGAUAUUGAGAGCAUUCCAUGCUUUAAAGGUCAAUAGUAAUAUUUUAUAAUCAAUGUGAAAAUUCUGGUAGCCCCAGUGGUGUGGAUACGGCAGGGGUAAUAUAAUGAAACUUUCCGCUUUAACUUUUAUCAGCUGUCUUAUUCGGAACUGUCGCAGCAACACUUUUCAGUAGUCCAACCUUGAGAUAAUAAAAGCUUCAUUCAGUAUUCUGCAUCAUGUAAUAACCAAUUUAAUGUAAAAGACUAAAUACUCUGAAUAUUUAGUACAUUUUGAUUCAUCAAUACGCUACUGAUGGAAUUUAUGCUUCACUGGUGGUCUUAACUUGUCUGCUGUACUAAUUAAAAGUCCUGAAUUAUUAUUAUUGUCUUUCUGAAACCUUUCUGUAUUAAGGAAAGCUCUCCUUCCGUGCCAUUUUUAAAUUUUAAGUUUUAGCUUGAUUCCCAUUCAACAGUCUGCAUGUGUCGGCAUCACACCACGGUGCUAUAUUUUUCCAUACUUAUUUAGAACAACGUAAUCAAGACAAAGUGGAAAUAUUCUGGCAAAGAUGCAUUUUAAAUGAAAUGAGGUCAUAAUUAUCAAUCAUUUCAGACUGGGAGAGUUUGACUCCUUUAAUAUUUAUGCCAAAUAUCCGUAUUAAAUCUUGUCCUCUGCAAGUGAGCUAGCACUGUGCUUCGCUAAUGAAAUAUGGCUUUAAUGAGCAUUACUGAAGCCUGUGGGAAUGUGACGGAAACGUUUUGCUCUCCACCAAUGCUGAACUCACACUUCUACAGUCAUCUGGUAAUUAUCAGUGUCAACGAAACUGAAUAAUCUGUCCUGUGUAUCUUGUGUUUUCACGCUUGGAGCAGACUCAAGGGUCAUUUAAGAACAUUACCAGUCAUUAUGCAAAGCAAAACUAUGUACCAUAUACUGUACGUAUACAGUACCUCCAGAAACUAUUUCCUCCGGGGAUUAUUUCUCUUUUUGCUGUGUUUCAACAUCAAAUUGGAGUACACUAGUAUGAGUUUUUUUCUAUGCUCCUUACUAUGCUUUCUACAGAAAUAAAAUCAAAUACUUUAUUUAGAAGUUUUCAGAAUAUUUUAAUUAAAAAAAAAAAAAAAUCUAAAUUCUACUUAACUAUUGCGUAUUCACCCCUAGAGGCAAUACUUCAUGCACUAUACUUGUCUUUAAUUUGACCAUUUUCUUUCAUUCCUCAAUACAAAUUUUCUCCAACUUUCCCAUGUGAAGUGGAGAAUGUGGGUGGACUGCAAUUUUCAGGUCAUGCCACAUAUUUUCAAUUGGAUUUAAGUCUGCGUUUUGACUCAGCUGUUCCAAAACAAACCCCCUCUUUUUUGGAAAUUCCUUUGUAGUUUUUAUUCUGUGCUUUGGCUCAUUGUCCUUUUGGGAUGUAAAUUUUCAUCCUGGACAUAUUUCUGGCUGAUUGGAUUUUUUUUUUAUUUUUGGCUGCUUGUAUUUGGUGCUUGAUGGCAAGAAUUUCAAGAUUUCAGCCCCAGAGUGCGAUAAUACCACCACCAUGCUUGAUGGCAGGAAUGGAUUUAUCUCUGUGUUGAGAAUGUAUUGUAUGUAUUGGGAAUGUCACACACCUUCUAGCAAAUACCCGACAUCAAUUUUUAGUUGGCCUUAAUUAGUAGCGGCUUCCUUUUGGCCGCUCUGCCCUAGAGGCCGGCUUGUUCAUGGCUCCACAUGAUUUCCUAUUUCAUCCAGUGAGCUCUGUAACCCCUUCACUGUUCUAAUUCUCUUAUUAGACACUUUUCUGACAACUGCCCUUUCUGCCUGUAUGUUCAGUUUGGAAGCACAGCCUGAUCUUGGAAGUGUCUGCCAUAUUUUUUCCACUUUGUUAUAAUGGAUUUCACAGCACUCCUAGGAAAGUUCAAAGCUUUUCUCGUCUUUUUACAAACCGCCUCCAUCUUUUAUCCUACUAACAACUUCAUCACAAAGCCUCAAAGGCUUCUACAUGACAACUGGACUGAUCUGAUGUGUCGUUUUAGAUGUGAGAGCUUCCAAACGUCAGAGAUAUUUAUUGCGCGAGCCCACAUUUGGCCAUGGGCGGAUUUUAUAAAGAAUUCAUCCUUUGUAACAAAAUUGCUGUGAGCGCUCAAGGAAAUUAAAUACUAGUCCUAAUUUCGAUAGGACUAUCUAAAAGAGUGGAGAAGGAGGAAUAUUUAAUGAUAUUUAUUGAGUUUUUUUAUUUUUACAUAUACCUGAGAAUAUAUAAAUAAAGGAUUUAAUUUUAUUUCUGUAGAAAUAGAGAGACACUUUAAUAUAAUUAAAUGUGUUCUUGCAGCAAAUACAGCAAAACUGUAUACUGCAAUUCUUUACUGUUAAAAACAAACUUCAUUUGCAGCUUCUUUUCUUAUGCAGUCAUGUUUUGCAAAUAUAUUUCCAUGUGGCAAAUAAGGACAUGAACUGCAGAGGCCCUUAUGCAAAAAAAGACUGGACUUUAAUGGCUGCUUCUUUCACUGUCUUUAAAACAUUUGGCUCACAUUUCUCUUUAACUACUUGCUGAUUUUUUCAACUUUUGGAGCCCUGAAACCAGAAUUUCAGGUCAGACAGUGAUAUCAGAGCACCAUGACAGAAGAGGCACACCUUAAACUCUGUUUGCUCCUGGCUCAAGACACAUGCAUGUUAAAAUGCUGUGAUUCACAAUGCUGCAUGCUGUGAGUGGCUGGGACUGGAGGUAUUAGGUGAAGGGUAGAUCAGAAGGAGUGAGUCAGGAUUGUGGGGAAAAGGAGGGAUGGAGGAUAAAGCAACAGAAUGAUCAUGUGAACAACUGGUCAUGUGAUGACUGAACUCCAUUUUAAUAGACAGGUAACAAUUACAGGCUACACUUUUAGAUGCAUUGCCAUUUGAAAGGUUAUCAAAAUGAAACUUUUUAAGAGCUACUUAUUCAGCUGGGAUUUUGAAUAACGUCAGUUGUUGGCCUUGAAAUGGCAUUAAAAAGAAUUCUGGACUGUACCAGAUGGCUCCAGUCAUGGAGUGUAAUUACAGAGCCCCACCUGCUGUUACAUCAUUUUAUUUGCAGUUACAUCAGUAUCACAUUUCAUAUUUUGCCAAGGAAAGUAAACACAACCUGUGUCAAGCCUCCUGUACAAACCUAAUGUUUUACGUAAACAUGAAUGUGACAGUUGAACAAUCAAGGAUCAAGGACAGACUUUCACUGUUGAUCACAUGGCUGCUUCUUGCCUUGACGCUCGUCCCAAAUACUGUAGCUUUCCCCUUGUCAUGCCCCAAGUAGCUCCUCCUCUGGCUCCUCCCAUGAUCCCUCCCCUUAUUACCGCCCAUAACCCUGGAGCCAGAAUGAGAUCCCAGUGGAGACAACAGCCACUUCCUUAGAACACGAAGUCCACAUUCCCCACAUUCUCUUUGACCUCGACAAACAACAUUCCAGUUUUGGGAAAAGGCAGUCUAUCACUGUUUCUCCUCUCUCUCUCAUUCGCUCUCUCUCUCUCUCGCUCUCUCUUUUUUCAGAUUCAUAUCCAAGAUCCAUCAAAUCCAGGGUCAAAUUUACAGCACAGUGGAUUCAGCUCGCAUUCGUCUGUCAGGUCAAUGUGCUGGCCAAUAUUUACACCCAGUGUAUACAGGAUACAAUCACUACUUGAAUCAGCAGAGACCUCGAGCAAACAUACAUAAAAGAUAAAAAAGCACUACUGCAGAACUGUUAUGCUUUCAGCUUUAAGACAGUUGCGUGAGUUGGUUAACAAAAAGAGGGGAGAGUGUGAUCUGAAAGUCAGAAGUCUAUUAGCGAGAAGCUGCGUCCUUCCUGUUUACAAUAAUCUCAGUUUUUUCAGCAGACUCAUGGUCCAGAAUUGGUAUUUUAGCAACAGGCUGUGUAAAUGACUACAUACUUUACUGAUUAAGCUUCAGGCCCCGAAUAUCUAGAUAUGGCAAAGCAGGAACACGGAUCUAAAAACAUCAGCUAGAGAUAGAACUGAUAGAUACGAUCUGUAAACAAAUAUUAUACAGUUGGUAUAUUGUUUUGCUGACAUCUCAGUUUGAGUGUGAGUAAAUGAAGUCUAUACUAUUUCUGACUAAUAGCAGUUUCUUAUCUGUACACAAUAAGACCAAGGUUAUCUGUCCUGUAUUUAGAGGCUAAAUCCUGCUCCACAUGUCACUAUGGUUGAUAUUCCCAUAAUAAAAGGGAGUGUUGUGUAAGAAAGAGAGAGAGAGAGAGAGAGAGAGAGAGAGAGAGAACAUGCUGCUUGAUGCUUUUGUUUCCAUUCUUUUAUUUUUGAAGUAUUAUGGUCUGUAUGUGUAUCUGGGGUUCACAGUGAGAGAGAGAUAGACUGCUGACCCAAAGCUACACAUAUACUGAGAGAAAAUACAUAAAAUGGAUUAUGAAAAUUCAUAUGGAGCACAGAUUUAUAGAGGAAAAAUACUAAUAGUUUACACUAUCCAGUGAACUGUCUGUAUUUAUGAGGACAGAAUAAAAGCCUCAGCUUGCUUAAUGCAGAGAUAACAUCUGCUUCGGUUGCGCAAAAAACAAAACCACAAUGAAUUUACAACCUCACGCUCUCUUUGCAGCUCCAUGUUGGUUGUUGUAAAUCAGUGCUCCAGCACUGCAGAUGGCGAAAUUAAAAUUUCAGGACUAUGAGCAUGCAGCAGUUGUUGCGAUACAUAAUCAAGUGAAGAGUGCUUUAAAUCAACAAACUAUAUAGUCAUCUAUCCAUCCUUCCAUUUUUCUGUAGCGUAUAUCCUUUACAGGGUCAUGGACAACCUGGAGUCUAUAACAGGGGACUCAGGGAACAAAGUGAGGGACACCCUCCAACCCAUCACAGGACACAAUCACAUACAUACACACAUACAUUCACAAACUAUGGGCAAUUUAGAGAUGCCAAUCAACCUACAAUGCAUGUCUUUGGACUGGGGGAAGAAACCGGAGAACCUGGAAGAAACCCCUGUAGCACAAGGAGAACAUGGCCAAUACAUGUUCCCCACUUAGCCAUUUUGCCACACACAUUAGAUUUAACAAUAAGUUGUUGUUCUUUCGGCUGCUCCAUGUCCAGGGUCGCCAUAGAGGAUCAUCUGGUCCCUGGUGCCAUUGCUGACGUAAUCCAGAAUGAACCCCUUAGUGUCUGGGUUGGUUUCCUGCCUGGGGAAUGGAACUCGGGCAAUGAGAGUGCUGGAUCCUGCCUCUGGACCACCAGUUGGAGAUCUUUUACAAUUGACGGACUGUAGUCGCAUUGGAGACAUGAAGGAAGAGGAAGAGCAGCUUAUACUGUUCUAUAUUUACAAAGAGAAAAUGAAUAAGAGAUAUAAGAUGGUGGAGGUACAUGAAAGGAUUCAAUUUAAAAACCGUUUACAUGUCUUUGUAAUCCUUGAACAAAGAGUAACAAAGAGUCUUGGGCAGGAUUCACAACAACACAAUGACUAAACACAGGCUUGGUCAUGACAUGAUGAGCGGAGCCUUGGCAUGACGUUUGUUUGUUCUGCAGUUAUGUCGUAUUGUUUGUGGAAUCCACACCAAUGUUGUCUCGGCUUCAGGCAUGCUGGGGUCUUAAGAUUCUCUCCAGAAAUUUCUCCAAAAACAGCCAUAAUCAUCAGAAAUGUUUCCAGCAUGUCCAAGCUCUUGUUGGGAUGUCAUGCUGCUUUGGUGUUUCAGCCUUGGAUUAGACACAGGACUGAGUUUAGAUUAAAAAAACCAGGCCUCUGUUGUCCUACUGAUGACCCUGGUCGCUACCUCCAUCAAGAUUAAUGUGAAAAGGGAUUUUAAUGAUUAAAUCAUUAAUUUCAAAAACACAUUUGCUAAGUGUGUUGGCUUUCUAGUGUGUAUAUUAGGAUAAAAUAGCAUUAUUUUAGUUACAUAAAGUCACAUUUUUGAUUAGUCGUCUGAUUAAAUGUGUCCCACACAUUAGCCUACACUAGGUUCUGCUAGGUCACACUAGGUUGUGCUAGGUUAAGUUCCUGUGGCACACGAAAGCACACAUAAACUCAAAGCUGCACUGGAUUUUGGUUUUGGAAAUGGACUGAAAAGAAUCCAUAUAUAUAAACAAUUCAUCACUUUUGGUGGUGGUGUCACGGUAACGUGUCUGUACUGUAAUGGUGUAUCUAAGAUGUAUUUAUAGCUUAUAUCUUAGGAAGUUAUGAAGUUUUCGAUAGAUCUAAACUAUUUUGCUUUUUAUUUUAUGUAGUAAGAUUCUCUCACUGCUGUCAAGGGGUUCGAUUCCUGGGCAGGAAACUGACCCAGACACUGAGGGGUUAACUCUCAGUGUUGCUCCCAAACACAGAUACAAUGGGAGGGAUGUGUCAAGAAGAGCGUCCAGCAUUAAAACUGUUCCAAAAUCAAAUAUGAGGAUUGAACGAUCUGCUGUCGUGAACAUGGAGCAGAUGAAGGACGAUCAACUAUUUUAUAUAGUGAGAUUAUUCAGGACUCUCAGUUAUCUCUCAGGACUUAUCUCAGUACUCAGGACUGUAGCAGCAGCUAACCUACUUUAUAGGUUUUUCGGGAGUUUCUCUGCUGGAGUGGAAAUACAGGAAGUGUGUAAAACAGUGCUUGAAGGUACAACUGGACUCCAUUUACACAGAAACCAGUGUCCUCUCUCCAAACACUCCGCUAGCUCUGACCAGAAGAGACCAGUUUAGAACAUAUUUGUGUUUUACCACAAAUUCAGACUAAAUGAUGUAUGAUUAUUGAGCAUUAUACGUAAUCAGUAAUUGCUCUUUGUUUUCUCUGAGUGAGUAUGAAGCAUCAUCAAGAAGUGAGUCAGUGGUUAGACUGGUAAAAAUGGGGAUUUUUUAUUUUUCCCAGCGCAGUCCUAGUACAAUGUGUCACAGUAGCUAAGGACCACACACACACACACACACACACACACACACAAUGAUUUGUCUAACUUCCUGGUCACAGGGCAGCUGAUGUUGUCACUUCAAGCAUAACAGUGCUAGCCGUGGAAUCUUUGCUGAUCGCUGUGGUAAAUGAAAGAAUGAGUCUUUAUUCCAUUCAGAGUUAACACAGGCCCAGUGUUUGACCCCGAUGCACCCAGAUUCCCCCCUGCAGAGCUCCAUGGUUUAUAGCUGGUCAACGACUCGUAGUCUAAAGACUCUCCAGUGCUCGCCAGCUGUCAUCAACUUCAGUGUCAUAUGUUCUAGCGCUAAGCGCCACAUUUAACACUUGCUGCUUAGAACAGCUGUCUGAAGAUCUGCUGGAACACAACAAGCUUUAUGAACAUGUUACACAUUACGUCAUUCAUCUAUUUUCUAUAUUUAGAGAGUAUCCUAUAGAGAAUGUUAUUAUUAGAAAGGCUAAGGGCUCGAAUUAGCUAUUUGGUUUGAUUGUAAACUGUUUUGCUAGUUGAUGUACUUGAUGACUUUAACAUGGUGACACAUUGUAAAAAGAAAAUAAGCAUGCACGAUAAAACUGACUUAUCUUAUAGACAUUUCCCAUCUAGAUGCAGUUUCAUGUCUGGAGGCUUUCAGACAACUUCAAAGCUUUACUGCAUGGGCUCAUUUCAGAUGCUAAAACUGUCUGAAGCAGUAAAUCCUUGCACAAACACACUGGGCUUUCUGGUUUGAUUAGCAGAGUAAACUCAGUAGUUCAACUCGAAAAACCAGGAACAAAAGAGUACAGAAAGAGUAAUAAUCCACUGGAGAUAAACAGACUAUAGCUUCUCUUAUGGACUAUAUACAACAUCAAAACUAACGUUAUUUGUUAUUUACAUAGUGUUAGUUUAUUUGGGGUGACUAUUUUAAAUCCAGAACAUUUUCUUCCAACUUUUUUAAAGGCAAUAGAAGUAAAGAUUUAGAUAGGUUAUAACAUUUAACACAAAGGUUAUGAGAGAAAAACAGUAUAAAGAGCCAUGUUGCAUGUUUCAAAGACACAUAACAGUCACAAUAAGAAGAUUACAAUAAAAAUGACUUAUUUAAGACAUAUACUGUACAUCCUAGAAGUCUAUUUUUCUAGAUAGAUGGAAGAAUAUAUACAUUUAUAAUUCUGCUCAACAAUGUGAAAAUCCAACACCUCCGAGGAAAAAAUAAAAUAAGGUGUAUAUUUUAAUUGUUUAGAUUUUUUUUAACAGAUUAAAGUGUAAUAUCUCCGUGAGGAAGUAAAUGUGUAGGCCUUCGUCUCUGCUAGAAA